AAACGGUGUAAAGGAAGCGAUGGUUCGUAUAAGUGAAAUACCAGAUAAUGUAGUAAAUACGAGAACGACUGAUGAAGACAACUUUGAAACAAUUAGUGUAUGGUGGCUAUUAGAAGUAUUGGCCGUGCUGUUUUUAGCAGGUUUUCUGUGGAUAAUUUUGGAAAGUCGCUUCGAAAUUCGUGUCUAGCUUCUAAAAUAAUAAUGUACGCAAAGUUGUCGACUACUUGCUGUACAAACGGUUUAUUAGGUUUCUGACUACGUAUAUGCUUAUCAAAUAUUUUUUUAUGGGAGACCAAAUUUGUUAUGAAGCUGCAUAAGUUUCCACAAAAUGUGCAACGUGUUUGAAAUAGCUUUCGUGUAAAUCGCGAAAGGAACAAAAAAGUGCAAGUUUUAUUUAUUUUUUACGAAAAGAAAAUAUUAGACACGACUACCGAUCAAUAGCCACGCAUGUCUGCCAGCCUUCUUAGACUCCACCAAUACAGGUUGCUGAGAUUAGGAUGAAACGUGCUGACUGCAAAUUACUCUAGAAGAAAGAAGUUAGUCUUCAAAACAUGAAGAAGAAGAAACGUAGACUGAAUAAGACUCAGCUUAGACAGUGCAAAGCCACUUUCGAUUCUCUGAUUUCCUUCCUCUGUCUUGCAUGUGUCAGCUUUUGGUGUUCUCGCCUGUACCUUGUGUUCUAUAAUGCCCCGGUAUACACCUCUGGGUUCUGGGGAUUCCACUUACAGUCAACCCUCUUCUGAUUUGUCCCUUGAUGAAGAACGUGAAGUUCUUCGAAGAGAGACUGAGAGACAGGCCCUAGCACAACUCGAGAAAGCCAAGUCUAAACCCGUAGCGUUUGCAGUUCGUACAAACCUCACUUACGAUGGCACCCUAGACGAUGACUCUCCCGUUCACGGCUGCGCAGUGUCGUUUGGUGUCAAGGAAUUUUUACACAUUAAAGAGAAGUACAACAAUGAUUGGUGGAUAGGCCGUCUGGUGAAAGAAGGUUGCGACAUUGGCUUCAUCCCAAGCCCUGUCAAGCUAGAAAAUGUUAAGCUUCAGCAAUCUCAGUCUCGUGCCGGUAAACUCCAGCUCAGUAACAAAACGGGUUCUGCUUCUAAUCUUGGAGGAUUAGUAAAUGAUGUAUUGUCCAGUAAACCAUCUGGGUCUAGAGGAUCCACUCCUCCCACACCAGGUUUUGAUAUGGAACAAAAUGGUGCCGACAGUAAUCCUGGCGAGGAUAGUGACACAACCAGCAACGUUAAACUUGGUAAAACAAGUAUUGGCGGACAUCCUGGCAAAGAGAGGAAAAAGACUUUCUUCAAGAAGUCAGAGAGCAUUCCGCCGUACGAUGUAGUGCCUUCCGUCCGGCCAGUGGUCCUUGUAGGUCCAUCCCUCAAGGGUUACGAGGUCACAGACAUGAUGCAGAAGGCCAUUUUUGACUUUUUGAAACACAAGUUCGAAGGAAGGAUUAUCAUUACCCGGGUGACAGCUGACAUCUCUUUAGCAAAGCGAUCUCUACUGAAUAAUCCAAACAAAAGGGCUAUAAUGGAGAAAACCAGCAGUCGGUCAUCAUGCUUAGCUAAGGUUCAAGAAGAGAUAGAAAGAAUAUUUGAAAUAGCUCGAACAUUACAGCUUGUUGUGUUAGACUGUGAUACAAUAAACCACCCCUCCCAGCUUGCCAAGACGUCCUUAGCACCCAUUAUUGUCUAUCUCAAAAUAUCUUCUCCAAAAGUCCUUCAGCGAUUAAUCAAAUCUCGAGGAAAGUCUCAAAGUCGAAAUCUAAAUGUCCAAAUGGUUGCAGCAGAAAAGUUAGCUCAAUGUCCUCCUGAAAUGUUUGAUGCAAUACUUGAUGAGAAUCAGCUAGAAGAGGCAUGUGAGCACCUGGGAGAAAUACUGGAAGCCUAUUGGAAAGCUCUACAUCCAGUAGAGAAAGCACCUCCUCCAACUGUUCCUCGUCCUAUUCCCUCCCCUCGGCUGGAUCCAACUACAGGAAAUACUGGUCUGAUGAGACAUAAUUCUACUCCACCAAUUCGAUUCAGAUCUCAUGGUGACAGACCACGUACAAGAAUUACAGAUGAGCUUUUGUCUCCUGAUAUGGAUCAACAUGCCAUGUUACCGAGGUCUCACGAGAUGCAAGAACAUCAGGAUAUAGCAUCCCCCUCUGGAAGUCGCCCCCACCGAAGUGAGUAUAACCGACCUUUGGACUGGCCAGAUGACCAUGACCCUUAUUUGGACUUUGGACCGAUGGACAAAAUGCUCGUUAUGGGAAAAGCACAUAGCCCUCGGUCUGAGCAGGUCAAAAAUGCAAAAGAUUAUGACUCUCAACACCAACAAGAGGAGUAUGACAAGCAAGAUCAUCAUAGAGAACAGAGACUUUCUGAUUAUCCAGUGAAUGGGGUGUAGCAUACUAGCAACAUUUGGAACAAGAUGCCCAGUGAAAGAGAUGUCUCAUUUAUCCAGUAAACAAACAGCAAGUGCUAUUAUGGGUAGUAUGAAACGUUGAGCUAAGUAAUGUCUUAUGUCCUGUUAAAAUGUAGUACCAGCUCUAUGGCUACUAACAGAUCAAAAACAUCUAAUUAUGUAGUAAACACUGUUUACCUUCUUAAACAUACUAACAAACUGGUUACCAUACUAGCACACUGAUAUAUCAAAUAUUUAUUAGAUGUUUUUACUUUCCUUACAAAAACACACAUGUACUAAAUAUGUGAUAAAAAUUCUCAUUAACCUUAUAAAUACAAAUAUAUAAGUACAUAUAUUGUCUGUUAAAUACCUUUAGUAGUCUUAUAAAUAUUAAAAACACAGGUAUAACAACACAGCUAUACUAGUUAUUUAAGGAACACUGUUAGUAAUGUUUCACAAACUAACAAAAUACAGUUAUACAAGAUAUGUGGUAAACAUUGUUACCACUAUUGUACCCACUAAAGAUACAGGUAUACUUAAACAUAUAACAAACAGGUUUUUACACACUAAGUAUACAUGAAUAUACCAAAUAUUUGUUGUAACUUAUCACCAGUUUUACACAAACUGACCUUCAUGACUGGUAUCUAGUAAAAUAAGCUUUCACACACACACACACACACUAGCACAAUGUAAAGCCAUAAGAUGUCUUUUAAAAAUUGUCACCAGUUUCACAAACACUAAAAGAGCACAUAGACUGUUAUAUAUAUUAAUGAUUUUGCCAGUCUCACAUACACAAAGUACAGAUAUAUGAGAUAUCUAUUAAAUAUUGCGUAUAGCCUUACACACAAACAAAAGAGAAUUAUACCAGAUAUUUAAUAUAUUUCGUAACAAGCAAAAUAACUGUAAUAAUUAAUAAUUCUGUUUCUUUCUAAUUCUAUUCAAGUCGUUUAUUUAUAAUCUUAGUACCUUUAAUGAUAAGAAAAUGUAGAAUAUGUGGUUAAGAAGAAAUAUUGGAAGGAUCAAACAAGAGAUGUUCCAUCAUCAAUGAAUAUCAUCAAGUGAUGUUUUAAUGCCAUGCAACAAACAUACAAAUCUGUAAUGUGGCAUAACUUAGGAGUACAGAAGACUGACUUUAUUAUUUACAUGUAGGUAAUGGUCAAGUUGUGUGUAUCAACAUAAAAUUGUGAUAAUUUGGUUUAAUCAUAUGAGUUAAGAGAUGAAUUGAAAAUUGGAAUUGUCAGGUUUGUUUUUGCAACAGAAGUUUUCUAAUUUUAAAACUGUUGAAUUAUGUAACAUACAAUAUACACAAAGUGACUGGAUUUGUUUGGUAUGAUAUGAGGUUGUUAUUUCAAAACAACAAUUAAAUAUGGUUCUUUAGGACAAUGACAUUGUAUAUAUUUUGUAAAAUUGUCUUUCUAUCACCUCUAUGAGAUAUAUUUGUAUGUUCAUGUCAGGAUCCAGUAUGAAGUAGCAGUGGAACAAAAGUUUAUACAUUUUCUUAUGGAAUUAUACAAUAGUUUAUACAAGCUUACUUGUGAAGCUUGCAUGAUUGCUUCACGUUAGAAUCACCACCUUCUUAAUACAAAUUAAUCAGAGUCAUUCUGGCAAAGCCCACAAGUAAGGAGCAUACCAUUGAAACCUUACAAUAAUCCUAUGAUUGGAUAAGUUUGGCAUGUUUAAAGUCACAGCUUCCAUGUCCAGCUGUGUAGUAGAUGAUUUCUCAUGUAUAUUUAGGCUCAGUAAUUCUUUACUUCAGUUUUUGUAAAUAUAUAUAUAUAUAUACAUAUAUUAGUGAUUCACUUAUUUCUCCAUGUUGUGUGACAUUGAAAACUUGUUUUCCUAGUAAGUUCUUAACCUGACAAGGAGAAGGCAUGUGUGAAAAAUGUCUAGAUCAAUGUCGGCUAUUGGUAUGUGCUCUUAUAGGAUAUUUCAAUUAAGACAUGGCUGUUCACAUGUAAAGUCAUGUAAUAUAUUAUUUCAGAAGAGCUCACUCCAUUGACUUUAUGUGGUACUUUUCUGAAUACUGACCUAGUAAGAAAAUAUUUAUAAAAUAUCCAUUGAUAUAGACUUACUUUUUUCAAUGCUUAUUUUUAUUACAUAGUAAAGAGAGCACUCUCAUUAGAAUAAAACAUUGUACACUUUGUAUAAACUGUUACAGUCAUCACAUGAACUAUAGGUUCAAAGCUAGUCCUUGAUAAGGACAAUCAAAACCAUGUUACUCAGUCUGUUCUUCAGGAACAGAAAAUCACCUUCUUUAAAUUAAGGUUUCUUCCUUAUUGAUUGGUAGUGAUAAACUAAAAGAAACUAUUAUGGUCAGCAGCUUUAAUGUGUACUGAAUGUUGCAUGAUUUUUUUCAGUUUUAUUAUAGAUCAGUUGUUUGUAAGGUUUGAAUAAGAUAACUUAGAGCAGAAUGUUGCUUAUUGUUUUGUCUGUGGUUAUAUCAUUUUAUAUAUAAAUGUCUCUUACGAGAUGAACUCGUGCUUUAUAAAGUCAGCUUAACAAAAUUCCAAUAUAGCUAGGUAUAAAUUUGAAACCAUUUGAUCUUCUACAACUUUUCCUCCAUUAUUUAUCCUGGAAAAAACUUCUGUUCACAUUAAAUAACUUUAUCCUUGUGUUCAUUGUUCGCAUUAAAUAACUUCUUUAAUAUCUUAUAUUCAUUGUUCACAUUAGGGACAUUCUUUUUUGUUUUGCUUAUAGUCAUUCAUAACAUUACUCCAGUGUCUUUGUACUCUUUAAAUAUGCAUUGAUACAAUAUUCAUGGUGGAGGAGCAUUUUAGGUACCUUUAUAUUCAUUAUUCAUAUUGUUAAAACUACUGUAUCAUAAAAAAUAUUAAUUAUUCACAGUUUCAAGUUUCUUCCGUAUCCUUACAUUUAUUGUUUAUGUUGUAAAACUGCUGCAGAGUCUUUAUGUUUGUUAUUCACAAUGGAGAACUAACUCAGUAUCAUUAUGUUCAUUGUUUACAUUGGAAACUUCUUUGAGUUCUUGUAUUCACUAUUCAUUAGUCAACUACUCUGGUGACUUUACACUUAUUUUUUCAUUGGGGAAAAUAUUUUGUAAUGUUGUAUUAAUUAUUUUAAUCUGAAAACUUCUUUACAAUUAUUAUAUCCAUUGUUUAUAUUGAUAAAAGUUUUAGGUAUUCUUAUAAUUAUUAUUCACAUUGGAAAAGUCCUUUGGUGUCCUUAUAUCCAUUGUUCAAAUUUAAUACAUUCUUUAGUAUUUUCAUAUUAAUUGUUCAUUUUGAAGAACAUCUUUAUUAUUCUUAUAAAAACUACUUCAAUAUUCUCAAAUUAAAUGUUUACAUUGGAUAAGUUCUUUAAUCUGGUUAUAUUAUUUUUUUAAAUUUGAUGACUUCAUAGAUACUAUAUUCAUGGUUCACAAAGAAAAGCUUUGUAGUAUUCUAUAAAACCACUACUCACAUUGAAAGAAAUACUUUGAUAUUGUUACACUAAAUAUUUUACACUGGCAAAUUUCCUCAGUAUCAUUACAUUCAUUUUCUUGUAUUGUUCAGAUUGACAUAGCUAUAAAUAUUUACUGUUUGCCUUAGAAGAAUCAUUUAUUUAUUUAUCCUUAUAUUUGGUGUUUACAUGUAAGAAUUCUCUGUAUUUUUGUAAACAUUUAAAUACUUAUUCAAGAUUACAGUCAUAAAUUUUUCUUUUUAAUCUAACCAUCUGCACCAUCAGUUUAUUUCUUGACAGAGUUAAAACUUUUGCAGCACACUUGUACUGACUGUUUAUGUUGGAACACUUGUUUGGCAUCUUCACAUUCAAAGAACUAUUUUUUCAUUGUUAACUUUAAAUAUAUAUUUUCAUAUUCUGAUAUCUGUUUGCAGUUUAUUAAACUCUCUUAAUGUCUCGAUUUAGUUUGGAAGAAAAUUUUUUGUUGCAUUCAGUGUUAGAAUAGAAAGAAUUAUUUUUUUUGUCCAUAUGUAAAUCUAUAUUAUUUAUUCAUUGCUCAAAUUGUCAGAAAAUUCUAAGAUGGAUUUAUACUCACUGAUCUAAGAUAACUGCACAGUGUUUGUGUAUCCUGAAAUUCAUUAUUCACAUUGGAAUAUCUUCAUUGGCAUCUUUGUACUAUGUUUCACUCUUAAGAAGAACCUGUUUAUCCUUAUAAUUAUCAUCACAUAAAUUAUUCCGUUAUCUUUGUGUGUAAUGAUCGUAGUUCAGGAAGAAUUUGCAUUAGAAGAAUUAGUAUUAUUCUAACAUCCAAAUUCUGUUCACUUGUAGAGUAUGUUUAAUAAUCAUGUGAAGAAAACUGAUUCCUUACCAUUGAAUACACCAUUCACUUGAAAAUAUUUUCUGUAUUUAUGAACAUUUGCUGCUUACACUGUUAAACACACACUCUGAACUGUGAGCUUCCCGUUAUCUCUUUAAGAACUGACAAUUCUCAUGCUCUUCAUCAUAUAUUGCUGUAUGACAAAUAUUUUUAAGAAAAAACCUUUCUGUCUCCAUACACUUGCCUUUUAAAAGACAAAUACACUUCAGUACAACCCAUUUCUUCAUUGCUAAAAAUGUAUUUUUUACUCAUAUUUCAUGUUAUGUGAAACCCACUUUUCUCUGCAAGGAUAUUAGUAUGUUUGACUAUACUCACAGCUUAAUUAUUAAAAUUUUGGACAAUAUUAUAUCAUUAUUAUUAAGGAUGGAUAACAGUUUGUUCCUGAUAUGCACAUUGUAGGAAAGGGGAGAGAGUUUAGUGGGCUUAUAGAAUGACUUAUGAAAGUGAUUCCUGAUUUUAGUUUAGAAUGUUAACACACACUGUCAGUAGUGUUAUGGUUGUUGCAUGUUUGUACAGUAUAAUUUUUUACAAUCAUGAGAAAUAUGUUGGUUUACAGUUUGGUACAUAAACAUAGAAGUGGGUUUGUAGAAUACGUUGCAAACACUGGAGUCUUACAGAUUUCCAGAAUUACACAAACAAAUAUAAUAAUAACAACCUCUAAAUCCAGAAUGUGCCCAUGUACCUUUUCGUACUUAAUAUUUCGAUUUAAACAUUCCUCAGGAGCGAUAGCCCAUUACGCCAUAACUACGGAUAAGUACACUAUUAAACUAAAGUUUGGACCAAACUACAACAAUCAAGCCUAAUCAAGCACAGUUUCUCAUUCCAUAAAGGCACGUAUCUUAUUAACAGUAAAAUCUAACAUUCUUGAACUGAUAUUGUAUUAACAAAGCAUAUUAACAAUAACGAAUGAAUAAUACUUGUAUAUCAACAAGUAAACUGGUAAAAUCAUACGAUUAAUAAAUGUUUUACUUUAAACUCUGCAUAAUAAA